UGUUUGCAGAUUACGAUGUCGAAUGCAAUCACCACAGAGCCUGAGGAGGUGAAAGUGGACACAACUAACAGCCAAUGGAAUAGUGAUGUUAUGGAUUGCUGCAAGGACACUGGCAUUUGUAUCUGUGGGGCAUUAGUACCCUGUAUUUUGGCUUGUAAAGUGGCCACUGAUUAUGGAGAAUGUUGCUGUGUGCCAUUUCUACCAGGGGGUCUGCUUGCCAUGCGCACAGGGAUACGAGAGCGCUACCACAUUCCGGGCACUAUCUGUAACGACUGUGUGUGCCAUACAUUCUGUGGUCAAUGUACAUUAUGCCAGAUGGCUCGUGAGCUGAACAGCAGGAAGUGA